AUGUGUGACCAGCAACCGAUUCAGUGUUGUGCGCCGAUACCCCAGUGCUGUGUUAAGGGUUCCUCCUUUGGUCCCUCACAGUUUUCUUAUGCCAACAACCAGGUGCUGGUGGAAGCUCCAUGUGAGAUGCAAGUUCUGGAAUGUGCUGCCCCAUGCCCAGUUCAAGUUUCUCAGACUCCGUGCCAGUCUAGUACCACUGAAGUGAAGGGCCAGGCUCCAUGUAAGACCACCAAAGGCAAAUGCCAGGCCCCGUGCCAGUCAAAGACUACCCAGGUGAAAUGCCAGCCUAAGACCACUGAGAUAAAGUGCCAGGCUCCCUGCCAGACUCAGGUUUCCUGUGUUCAAUGCCAGGCUCCAUGUCAAUCUCAGGUUUCCUACGUGCAAAUCCCACAACCUCCUCAGACCUAUUAUGUAGAGUGUCCUCCAGUGUACUAUACAGAGACUCGUUAUGUGGAAUAUCCGGUUUCAACCUAUAUGCCUGCUCCAGCCCUCCAGCCUGGCUACACUUAUGUAGAAUGUCCCGCAGUGGGCCAGGGCCAGGGCCAGGGAAGCUUCUCCACUCAGUACCAGUAUCAGGGCUCCUACGGUAGCUGCACUCCUCAAUCACAGUCACGGGGUUCUUACAGCAGCUGUGGUCCACAGCAUCAGUCUCAGGCUUCCUACAGUUACUGUGAGCCUCAAUUUCAGUCCGGGCCUUCCUACACCAACUGUGGCCCCCAACGCCAGUCACAGGCUUCCUAUGGCAACUGCACCUCCCAACUCCAGUCUCGAGCAUCCUACAGCAACUGCUCCUCCCAGCGUCGGUCCGGGGCUACAUUUAGCACCUGUGCACCUCGAUGCCAGUCCCAGGGCACCUAUGGAAGCUACACUUCACAGCGUCGGUCUCAGAGUACCAGCCGAUGUCUCCCUCCUCGUCGGCUCCAGCCUUCUUAUCGUAGCUGUUCUCCACCAAGACAUUCUGAGCCCUGUUAUAGCAGUUGCCUGCCAUCCAGAUGCUCUUCAGGCUCCUACAACUAUUGCACUCCACCCCGCCGCUCAGAGCCCAUCUAUGGUAGCCACUGUCCUUCUCGGGGCCGCCCUUCAGGCUGUUCUCAAAGAUGUGGACCCAAAUGCAGGAUAGAGAUUUCCUCCCCUUGCUGCCCAAGGCAGGUUCCCCCGCAGAGGUGUCCUGUCCAGAUUCCCCCCAUCAGAGGAAGAUCCCAGAGCUGUCCCCGGCAACCCUCUUGGGGUGUCUCCUGCCCAGACCUGAGGCCACGUGCAGACCCACACCCAUUCCCAAGGUCUUGUAGGCCACAGCAUCUUGACCGGUCUCCAGAAUCAUCAUGGCAGAGGUGCCCAGUUCCUGCACCACGUCCAUAUCCACGUCCACAGCCAUGCCCAAGCCCAGAACCCCGUCCGCGUCCUCGUCCACAGCCAUGCCCAAGCCCAGAACCCCGUCCGCGUCCUCGACCACAGCCUUGCCCAAGCCCAGAACCCCGCCCACGUCCUUGUCCACAGCCAUGCCCAAGUCCAGAACCUCGUCCAUGUCCUCCAUUGAGGCGAUUUUCAGAACCCUGUCUGUAUCCAGAACCAUGCUCAGUUCCUCAACCAGUGCCACAACCAGCACCACGCCCAGUGCCACGUCCGCGCCCAGUUCACUGUGAGAAUCCAGAUCCACGUCCACAGCCUUGUCCUCGUCCUCAUCCAGAGCCAAUGCCACGUCCAGCGCCCUGUUCUAGCCCAGAGCCUUGUGGGCAACCCGUUCGUUGUCCCAGUCCCUGCUCAGGUCCCAAUCCAGUUCAUUACCGCCAAGAACUAGGCUGUCACGAAUCUAACCCAUGUCGCCUGGAUACUGAAGGCCCGCGCUGUGGCUCAUAUAACUUCACCCAAAGGCAAGAGAGUAAUGGCAGCUGUGAAUCUGGUGAUGUCUUUUCAGGAUCACACGGUCUAAGUGGUUGUGGAGACCAAGGAAAUACCUAUGGUGGCAUGAACUGUGGGGCUUAUGGUGGAGCAAAGGGAGCCUACUUUUAAACAAAGUACAGCCCAAAUGCAUUAGGUUCUUUAGAUUGUUUCCCAUUCUUAUAUGGUUCAUUAUUUCCACAUACAUUGAGGUUCUUUCUUCUUCAAAGUUGUUAUCCAAAUUCCUUGCAUGUCAUCUCAGGUUCUGCACCUGAGUCUCUGACAUCAUUCCAGCCUUAUGUCUCACUCCUCCUCUGCACACAGCUUUAAUUAUAACUAGACCAGCUUGGCCAUAAGCACAUUCCUUGGGUGUUCCUCCUGACAUUCCCCAGAUGCUCUUGCCUCUGCAGAGGUGUCCUCACCAUGAAUCAUUUCUCAUCUAUUUCCCAGGAUCCAAAAUUGUACUUGCCUUUCAAUAACUCCUCCUUGAAUCCUUUUGUUGUUGUUGUCUGUUCUCACCCAUAGAACCUCUUCAGACAUUUUAGAAUUCACUACCCCUAAUGCCAUUCAUUUAGCAAGUGCUUUUCAACACUCUCGAAUUAUUAACUUCUCUUCGAAGUUACUGCCUUUUCUGUCCAACCAGAUUGCAAACUUUCUUCCAAGUGAAGUCAGUAUAUCCUUAAAUCUCUGUGCCUAUCUUAGGUCGUGUAAUAGUUGAACAUGGUUGUGGUUGGCAGCUUGAGUCAUGUUCUGUCCUGUUGGGAAAGUAUAGAAACUGGGACAAUAGGAGGAUAUAUAACAAUAAAAACUGCAU